CAACAGUCUUGGAACACAAACUUCUCAGAAGCAGUUGGGCUUUACAUCACUGAGACAUGGGCUCUGAAGGGUUUCUGACUCCAUCACUUUGUCUCCACUGCUGGAAGCGCCUGUCUCAUCUGGGCAGCCCUCAGAUCAGGGCAUGACAAAGGCAUGAGCAUGUGUGUGAGUGUGAGUGUGUGGUCUUCCAGGUUUGCUUACAGGGAGAUUAUGGAAAAUGCAGAAUAAACAUGCCAUCAGAUGGUGGGAAGAUGGGUGCUCAAAUGACAGUCACCUUUCUGGAAAGCAUUCUGUUUCCAGAAUCAAGGAAAACUUGAGAUUGGACACUCUCAGCACCAUGACAACCUCACCCUCCAGCAGUGACUACAGUAGCACAGAGGAUUCUAUUUAUGAAUGCAAGUCCAACCAGAGCGCCUCGGUGGGCUACUACCCCUCUGAGAACACCUUUUCCUAUGAGGACCUGGUCUCCCGUGAGGAGACAGCCUCUGUGGAUUCUUUGGUCCAUUUCCUCCCUCCUGUCCAAAGCACCUGGAGGACAGAGAGUUUAAGGAGACUCUUCAGGAAACGAGAUCAGGUGGAGCAUGACCCAGAGCAGUUCAGCAAGCUAAGCAUCACACUGGCCUGGGAUAUCGAUGUGGACUCUAACCAUGCAGACUCUCUUGCUAAUCUGGAUCUAAAUGCCCAUAGCCAGUGGAUGGAUAAGUGGCCAGAAGACAAGACAAAACUGACUCCCUGCAAACUGUAUAACCUAGUACAGAAACUUGAGACAUUUCUAGGAAAAGAAAAAGGUGGCCAGCAUGACGGCUGUGUGCUCCCUGAAUCUACUCAGAAGGAAGAUGUCCACCUCAACAGCACUACCCCUCCACAUACUGCUCAGGUCAGUCCUAAAGAACGUGAUGUUUGUCAAGACUUGUCCAAGCAAAGAUCCCUGGAAAAUGAAGAUAUCUGUCAGGUGCUAGAGGAUCCUCCAAGGUUACUGAAAGACGAAGUUGUGGUGAGCACAGAGAUGCAUGCCUCCCAGGAGAGCAAGGGGCAGGACUGGGGAAGACAAGGUUGGACAGUGGAGCCUCACUCUCACUACCUGCUGUGAGGCAAGGAGAUAAGACAGGCAUCUGAGAGCUCCUUGGAAACCUCCUCCGUGUCAUCCCCUCAGCCAGAGGGUGCUUCCCGCUCACACAACAUAUUCUGUAUGAACUUUCGGUGGGUCUUCCAAUGGCUGCGGACACAAAUCUUCUCCCGAUGGAGGAGACAGCGCCCUAGCCAGGCUACCAACACCUGGCACCAGAAAGCAGUGAGAAAUAUACAUUCUCUCAGAAGCAACAGAAUCCAACCCCAAGAAUGACACAGGAAUGAGUUCACCUGACAGCCCCAGAGUUUUAAACCUUUGAAGCCUCUUGUUCAAAAAUUCCUAAGAGGUAUGUGUCCUCUCUUCCACCUCACAGCUGAGGAAAUCAAUACCUGGAGUACACAGUGGGAGUUUCCAAUCUUCACAUUCCUUCUGAACAAGCCACUUAUUACAACCAGGGAACAAGUGUACCUGAAGUAGUCUGGUAUCCUGGACCACCAGAACUGCUGUCUUGAUGUUGGACCCUCGACUAAGGAGUGGCUCCAAACAGUCUCAGUGCCCACUGGAAGCACAACCUAAGCCACCCCACCAUGGCGGGAGGCUGGUGGGAUAUAUACUGCCUUCUGGAAAUGAGGGUUUGCAUAAUGAAAGAGUAAAACACACAUAAACAAAAUGGAGGCAAAAAGAAGGAGGGAGAGGGGAUGCUAUUCUUUUAGGAAGCAGCAUACUACCUAAGUUUACCAAGAGUUAAUUCAGCCUUCUGAAUUCAACAAGCAUAUUUUCAGCCUGAGUCAAAGUAAUUUGCUUGGAGAAGACACACAUAAGAGAGAUCUGUGUUUACUGGGGAAAAAGACGUGGGGAUUGUUGAGCAGGGGUUCCCAUCUCCCCCAAGACUAUACUGAAGAAAAAGCCCAAUUCUUUAGUAAGAUUUCUGGUUUCUGCCUACUCCUUUUAACCUCUGGAAUGCGGCAAUAGGAAGUAUUCAAGCAUAGCUCGUUCAUUCUAGUGUCCAAUGCAUUAUCCAACCAAAGCAGGUCCUCUAAGCCUCACAUGUGGGGAAGGGGUGAGGCUAGUGAGUACCAAAAGGGAUGCGUGGGAGCUGGAGGGCCACUGGGGUGUUGGGGGUAAGAAUUUUACUGAACCUUUAAGUCUCCUGUAGAAUUACUAUAAUUGUCAGGCACAUAUUAAUCUCAUUAAUCAAUAAAUUCUGGGAUCUAUUUAACCUCA